AUGACGAUCAAGACAUCGGUGAUUGGUAGUGUUGCGCCAAUAAUAGGCAGUGCAACAUCCAUCGCCCCAAGUCAGGGAGUCGGCAAUGUUCUGUACUUGAGCUAUCUUGAUAAAUGCGACGACAAGUUGGUGAUUCUCAGAGCUAAAGUGGAGGCUUGGCUGGUCGUGGGCAUCAUUGAACCCAUCGGGAAGACAGAGUGGUACUCUGCACCAUACUUGGGUAUCAAGAAAUCAGAAGCAAGGGACACACUAUGCAAGAAUACGUGCGACUAUGGCACAAGUAACACGGCACUCGCUUCCCAGACCAGCCUAAUGGUGUUAAUGUUCCUGAAGGUCGAUGAUGUGGACGUACGUUGGCGGGCUUUCCUGACCACAUUCUGGCUCAGAGAUUUGAAGAAUGAGGCAGAUGAGAAACGCAAGGAUAAGGCGGUAGACGACAGAGGCAUGAAGAACGAGGCAGAUGAGAAACGAAGGGAUAAGGCGGCAGACGACAGAGGCAUGAAGAACAAGGCAGAUGAGAAACACAAGGAUACGGCGCAGACGACAGAGGCAUGA